AUAAUAAGUUAUGAGAUAUGUGUAGCACCACAAUUAAAGUACAUCAAACCCCUUUUUUUACAUACAUUUAAAGUCUAGGGUAAAGUACUAAAUUAGUCCUCUAGAUUUGGGUGUAUGUAUACAAGUGAUACGGUCAUGGACACUACUAAGUUACGAAAAUUCUUCAUUGCCAUACUCAAUUGAGAUGGUUUGGCUUGAUCAAGACGCGAGUUUUCUACUAAUAUUUUUUUAUUUUAUUUUCAAUUUAUAUUAUUUAUAUUUUAAAUUUCUUUGUUUAUCCUCAUCUAAUUUAUCUUUGAUUUUUGUUUAUCAAUUCUAGGGAGAAAAAAUACACGCCUCGAUUAAGAGGGCUCUUGUGUCUCGAUCCGUAAAUUUGCUAAAGAAAGGAAUAUCUUACCAAAUAAGAUAUUUUAGUGUUGGACUCAAUGAGAGUAACUUCAAGACUACACAUCAUGGGUAUGUGGUUAAUUUAAAGUUUUAAACUGACGUACUAAUGUGUACAGACUUCUAGAAUUAUCAAGUAUCCCACGAUAUGGAUUUAAUUUUGUGAGUUUUGACAUUCUCAAUGCUCCUGGUACGAUUACACUUACUUAGUUGAUGUUAGAUAUCUUGCUGAAAUUGGGAAUGAGAGGACACUUGAAAAGGAUGGCAAAUUCACUAAAAUUUCAUGUAUGGCACAAAGAUGUUCUUCAAUCUUAAAGAAGCAAAUGUCAUCCAAUUUAAAAAUAGGUACCAAAUAAAGCUUGGUGUCAUUGAUGACUCUGAUUGUGCAUAUUUCAUAAUCUUUGACAAGGAGGCAAAACAAGUUUUGGGAAAGAGCUGUGUAGAGAUACUUGAUCCACUCUUAUUGGAUGUUGACUACACCAGUGAUUUGCUUCUAACUUCAAAGGCAUCCUCAAUUAUUAAAGGAGAGAAAGUAGAAGGUGCUAAGAAUUUGUUGCUUGAAUUCUCUAAUGAAGUUGUGAAAAAUGAUGAAUCCGAAGUGUUGGAAAAUGCUAUUACCCCAACCAAGCGACUAUCCUCGGAGUCGGAAGAUUCGAAAGUAUAAGGAGAUACCUCAACUUGCAAGAAGAUCAAGAUUGAGAAUAAAACUUGAGAAUUUGGAUGCACAUGUUUUGGAAUCUAUUUUAGAGUCUAUCUAAUAGAAUAAUGCUAAAUAUAUGUUUGUUUUGGUAAAAAUAUUGUCUUUUCUUGAGUUGU